GUUAAACUAGUGCAUUUCUGAGUCAUUUUGUGGCUUGUUGCACUUCCGGAAUCAACUAUUGAUAAACUUCCUCUUUUUCUAGAGAAACAAUUUCAGUCUGCUAACGGGGCCAUUUUUAGUUUGAAUUGAACCAGUCCUUUUGCUUUCUUAGCCAAAUCACCAAAAUGCUCAGUUAGAACAAGAAUUUAGCAUCCUACAAAAGAAGUUAACAGCUGAGGAGGAAACAUUCUGAAAUGGAUCUCAAAUAUUUCACCUUAAUUUUCUUUUGUGGAUACCUGAACAACACAUUUUUCUCUGAGGCAGAGGCCAUUACAACCGAGAAGCAGCCACAGUCUACUUUAUUUACAUCAUCAGCAUCAUAUGUCUCGGCUAGCUCUCAAAACAUAACAGGGAAUCCUUUGAGUCAACCAACUCAACAAUUCAACAUUUCUUCUGAACCACCACCACCACCACCUAACAAAGUCACUGCUGGAAAACCCACAGCAGCUGCCUAUGCCUCUUCUGGAAAACCAGCAGCACACACUUCUGCUGAGCAACCACCUGCCUAUACUGUCACCAGACAACCAAUACCAGUGGCCAACACCUCCUCCAGACGACCAGAACUACCACCAUCUGGCCAUACUUCCACCAGACCACCACCACCACCACCACCUGUUUACACCUCCACUCAACAGCCAUCAUCUCUUCGUACCUCUUCUGGAAAACCAAUUCCACUGACUGUUCAUAACCCAGCCAUACAACCAGCUUCAGAUGUCACAAAUACACCUAUGAUUACACCAGGAUUCAUCCUAGAAACUACUAGUAACAAAAAUGCCCCACAUAAAACCAAUUCUAAUUCUAUAGCUGCCAUACUAAUUGGUGUAAUUCUGACUUGUAUGUUGGUAGCUAUAAUCAUUAUUGUACUGUGGAAUUGCUUGAGAAAACCAGGUGUAAACGAUCAAAACUGGGCCGGUAGGUCUCCAUUUGCUGAUGGAGAAAUCCCUGAUAUAGAUAUGGAUAACAUUAGAGAACAUGAAGUGCCUGGAAGACGUGCAUCAAUUGUUUCAUUUAUGACCUGGAAACCAGGCAAAAGCACACUUAUAGCAGAUGACUUAGAAAUUCAGUUGUUUGAAUCAAAUGAAAACAUUGAAGAUUCCAACAACCCAAAAACAGAGAAAACAGAACAUCAAGUUAAUGGUACAUCAGAGGACAGUGCUGAUAGAUCAACAAUUGCCACAGCUGUUUCUUCUUCGGACGAUGCAGAUCUGCCUCUGCCACCUCCCCUUCUUGAUUUGGAAGGACAGGAGAAUAAGCAAUCUGACAGCUCCACCAUGACAAUUGUAUCUCCUCUUCCAAAUGAUUCUACCAAUCUCCCACCAUCUGUGGACUGUCUCAAUCAAGCUUGUGAAGAUCAUAAUUCUGAGAUCAAACAGUCAUUCUCACCUCCCCCUGACUCACUUAACUUGCCCCCACCACCAGGAGAUUUUAUGAAAAACCAGGAAGAUCGCAACAAUGAGAUCCAGUGUGAGGAGUUCCCUAUUCCUCUUGACUCUGCUCAAGAUCUCAAUGAAUCCCUGCCACUCCCACCUGCAGAAUUAUUAUAAAGACUACAGCUUGCUUUUUAGCUGAUCUUCCAUCCCUCUUAAAGGAGUAUCUUUUGUUUUUCUUCAUGUGAUGAAACGUAUAAAAUGGCAACUGGUGGUCAAUUUGGAUUUUCAUUCAGGAACUACAUGGAAACUGCUCAAAGGCCAUGUGUAUAGGUGAAAUUAAAAGUUUUCUGGUUAAAAUGUACACAGCAAAUUAGGUUUCCAUUUGACAAUUUCUGCACAACUUGCUCAGUGACAUUAGUCACACUUACCACAAUAUGUUAACAUUCUCUUUGUGUUGUUUGUUCCAUUUCCAGUGCUCUAGUUUCCUUGCUCCCUUAUCUACUCAUCUUUGCUUUUGAGUAAUUGUUGACCUUUUGGUCUCAUACUGAUGGUCUUUAAGUACAGCGCUGAUCUUAUGGGUAAUAUCCUUUAUUUUGUGUGCCACUCUGCUAUUUCGCUAAAGGGUGAUCUCAGAAGAUAGGCUCAGUUCUAGGUUUAAAAAGUGUCUCAGGGAGUUCUCUGUUCUCUACUGUUCCAGUUUGUCUGGCCUUUUUUUUUUUUUUCUUUUUUAAAGAAUUUGAGUUCUGCUUCUCAUUUUUCUACCAUUCUAUCUAGGACCAUCUAUUGUGACUCCAGUCAAAACAGUCACUGGCGGUAGCUGGGUACCAUCUAGUUUUUGUGGUCUCAGGGUAGACGAGGUUGUAGAACAUGUAGACUUGUGUCUUCUCUGAGCUUUUGGUUACUUUCUUAUUGUUUUGCUCCUAACCAGUACAUACCCAUAGUUGUAUCUUACAUGGCCGUUCCCAAGCAUUUAAGACCUCAGGUGCCACUCACUUCACUAGGAUGCAGAUCAUGAUUUUUGUGAACUAUGUUAUGCCAUUUUACUGAGUUGUGACAUGAGACUAUGGUCCUAGGCUUUCAAACCCAGAAGACCAGUGUUGGAAGGUGUCUGGUGAUAUCUGUGGAGUACCUGUAUUUGUGUCUUCAAUGAAUCCAUGUGGCUGCAGCCACAUAUUUAUAUUUACAUGUACCUUCUAUCUGUUCUAUGUACACACCUGUACCUACCCUUAUACUAGUGGGCCUAUACCCAUUCAUAUGUGCUCAGACACUUGUUUUUACUUUGGUUGUGCUGUGUUCACUACAUCUACAUUUGGUGCUACUUUUCUUAUCACCAAAAAAAAAAGGAAAAAACAAGUCUCUACAAUCUACAGUAUACUUUUUCCUCCCCUGCCCCUUCUGCCCAUGAACACUGGUCUCUCUCAAUAUUAUCUAUUCUUGUCAGCUUACAAAAGAGGGAUCAUAAAAUAUUUGUCCUUACAUGCUUGACUUAUUUCACUUAGUAUUAUGCCCUCCAGGCCUAUCCAUUUUAUAAUAUGUUAGGUAACACUGAUUAAAAAAAAUUAUAACAGUGAUCUAUUUAUUGGCCAUAGUACCUAUCUUUAAAGUAUGCUACAUUUUACAUAUGUGGAUGGUAUGUAUGUCAAUAACUUCACCAUUUUGGAAAUAAGCAAUCUAAUAUACUUAUUACUACCCAAUAGAUAUAUUUUUUCUUAAAAUGCUGUGUGUAAACUUACAAUGAAUAAAUAAAAUGUUAUUUUUCCAUUUCAAAGUAUGGGUGGAAAAGGGAAGGAGAGGAUGUGAUUAAAUACAUACUUCCCCCAGUUCUAAAACUUACUCCAAGUAUUAAAUAAAUAUGCAAAGUUUGUGAGGACGAGAAAAUAAACCGCAUGCUUGAGAACAGUUUCCUUUUUGAUUUCACGGUUAGCCGUUAAACAAACAUGGUAAAACACAGAACUGGGUGUUAGAUUGGGGAUAUCUACCCUGAAAAAAAAUAUGGCCAAGCACCAUAAAAUGUAGACAUGUUCCUAUCUUGUUGGGGGAAGCUCAACUUUUAAACUAGCCUCAAAAAAGUUUCUUCUUUAUAUGCCUUAAGCACCUAAACAAAAUGAAGCCUUAUAAAGGAAAAAACAAAAACUUGAUCGCUUCAUUCAGAAUUUGAAUAAUUUCUCCAGGAAAAACAGAUUGUAUCAAAAUAUAAAUGUCCUCAACUUCCACUAAACUCAUACUUCCUGACAUUCUACAUUUAAAUUCCUAAACUACCUUUCUUAUGCAGAACUUCAUCCUUUCUCCAUUACCUGACAACUGAUGAAUUUGACUUAUCACAGAGUAGGGGUGGGGUCUAACCUUUGUUAAAGUAGAGAUGGAGAGUUUAUUUCCCUGCAUUCCCCCACCCCAACUUCAGGGAGAAACAGUCACUUGGAAUGAAAUGGAGUGGUCUUACUGAGAGCUUAGCCUUGGAGAAGCCUCUAAUAGGUCUGAUGUUGUCAGAAAGGAAUACAAUAUUUUAUUAUUUGUAGCACUGUCUUCUAAGAGGAGUCCCUGGUUGGUGCUAAUAGUUAAGUGCUUGGCUGCUAACUGAAAGGUUGUGGUUUGAAUCCACCCAGAGGUACCUCGGAAGAAAGGCCUGGUGAUCUACUUCCGAAAAACCAGACAUUGAAAACCCUAUGGAGCACAGCUCUACUCUGACACACGACUUGCCAUGAGAUGGAACUGACUCCAUGGCAACUGGUGGUCUUUCAAGAAACUCACAAAGUUCCAUUUUUAAUAACAACUAGCAAGCCUUCUGGACAUUGAAAUUUUAUAUACCAUGUUUCUCUUUAAAUCUUCCAAACCAUUUUUUUACUGUUAAAACUUUUUAUUUAGAAACACUUCCAUGAGCUUCUUACCUAUCCUGAUAAGCAUGAUGUUUACUGUCCUAUCACGUUGGUUCUUGAUAUGCACUGAAUUGUGUCCCCCCAAAAUAUGUGCUAUAAAUCCAAACCUCUAUGCCUGUUGUUAUAAUCCCAUUUGGGAAUGGGUUAUCUUUGCUAUGUUAAUGAGACAGGAUUAGUGCAGGGUGUGUCUUGAGUUGAUCUCUUUGAGAUAUAAAAGAGAUUAAACAAGCCAAGCGAGAGAAGCAGAGAUGUGAAAAGAUAGAUGCCAACCCAUACGAAGAUCGCCCAGGAGCAGAAGCUCAAAGAGACAAGGAUCUUCCUCCAGAGUUGACAGAAAAAACCUUCCCCUAGAGCCAGAACCCUGAAUUCAAACUUCUGGCCUUCUAAACUGUAAGAAAAGCCACCUAAUUACAGUAUUUCUGUUAUAGCAGCACUAGAUAACUAAGACAGUUCUCUUCUGUCUUCCACAUUAAAAAGUUUCUUCCAUUUGUUUUUCAAAGUUGGAACUUUCAAGGCUAAUUUACCCAGCAGCAAUCAGAAGUUUGAGAGUUUCCUAACAUUCUUUUGAUUUUCAAGUAUUUGAGUUAGCAUUUUGUCCAAGUCUUUGGACCUAUCUUGAAUCAUCACAACCCUUCUCACUUUACACAUAAGAUAGGUAUUUAAUGGGCUCUUUCCACACUCUUGGUCUUCUUUUUCACUAUCUUCUUUCCUGACCUCUCAAAGGGUGAGCACUGGGAAACUCUCUUUGAUAAGUCAAGAGCUAACAACCUACUCAGUCUUGUCUGAUUUCUUCAAACACUAUGGGCAGGUUUUCUCCUUCUGUUUGCACAACAGAGCAAACUACUCGCAGUACUGUUUUUUUUUUUUCCAAAGAAAUUCUCUGCCGGGGGAAAAAUAAUUCACAUUUGCUGCAGGCAAUUUCCCCGCCUACUUCCCCCCACUGAGGUCAGUGGAAGUUGAGCAGCCAAAUAGUGGCAAUCCCUGCUUAAUCAGCAAAAAGAAAUAUAUGAUAAAAAUACAGGAUAGAAGAAACUAUUGAACAAAGUAAAACCUGCAGAAAAGACGAAAGAAUCAGGACCCAGAAGAGAAAGUUUAUUUCAUCAAUAUAGUAAAAAGAACAAUGAACAGGGGGAUAAAAAGAAGACUGAACUACAUAACCAGAUGGUUACCAGUGGUGUUCUUGACUAUUAGCAUUAAGCAGAUUCAGAAAAAAGCCCCCUGAAGACUAUUUAGUUCAUCACCUUCUGCUUAACAGCUGAAAAAACAGGCCUAGAGAGUAAGUUUCUUGCUUGUCAUUGUUGUAUGCCAUUGAGCCUAUUCCAACUCACAGGGACCGUACAGGACAGAGUAGAACAGUUUCCUGGCUGUAGUAAUCUUUACGGGAACAGAUCACCACGUCUUUUCUCCCAAGGAGAUACUGGUGGGUUUGAACCUUUGAUCUUUGGAUUAGCAGCCAAGUGCUUAACCACUGCACCACCAGGGCUCCUUGUGACUUGCUUGCUUAAGAAAAAAACAAAAAAAACCCAAACCCAUUCCUAUUGAUUCCAACUCAUAGUAACCCUAAAGGACAGAGAACUGUCCCACAGGAUUUCCAAGGCUGUAACCUUGGAAGCUGACUGCCAUAUCUUUCUUCCAUGGAGCAGAUGGUGGGUUUGAACUACCGACUUCUCUGUUAGUAGCUGUGCACUUAACCACUGUACCACCAGGCCUCCUGCAUGACUUGCUUAGGUGGUCCUAAAAGCUGAGUUUAUUUCCUGAGCCAUGGUUUAGCAUUCUUUUCACUAAUGCAGGACACAAAAGAACACCUACUGCAAGCACUGAAAUAUACGUAUAUCACACAUUAUUUGGUGCUGGCAGAGAGUGCACAAUGAAUUAUAUGUAAUUGCUGUUAUUACCUAGUACUGAUCAAAAAGUAAAGCGGCAAAAUAUUUGACCAUCUAUAAUUAAAGCAGAUGGUCAAAUAUUUUGCCACUUUACUUUUUUUGACCAUCUAUAAUUAAAACGGAAACCCUGGAGGCAUAGUAGUUAAGAGCUACGGCUGCUAACCAAAAGGUUGACAGUUCAAAUCCACUAGGUAGUUCUUGGAAACCCUAUGGGGCAGUUCCGCUCUAUCCUGUAGGGUUGCUAUGAGUUGGAACUGACUCGACGGCAAUGGUUUGGUUUAUUUUUUGUUUUGGUUUAAUAAUUAAAACGCUGUGAUACUGGUGUAUGAUUAAACAGAUCAAUGGUACAGAAUGGAAAAUCCAGUAAUAGCCUCAAAUCUCAAAUCAGUGGGAAAAAGUGUUAGGACAACAGGAUAGACAUUUGGGAAAGGAUAAAAUUGGAUUCGUACUUCACACUACAUUAGGAUAAACACCAAAUAGAUCAGAGAUCUAAAUAUAAAACAUGAAAUCAUACAAGUGAUAGAAGAAAACAGGGGUGAAUUUCUUUAUAACCUUGAAGUGGGAAAAAUGUCCCUAGCUGAGAUUAAAAAUCCGAAAGCAAAAAAAAAAAAAAAAAAGUAAA